AUGGCAGAUGCUCUGUCUAUUGAGCAGAAUAAUAAGAUCCGAGUCGCUCUUGGCCUGAAACCUCUUCCAGUCCCCGGCGCCACUGAUAACAACAACGAUGGGCCCGUUUUCAAGCCAUCAAGAGAUGGCAACGAUUCGGAUUCCUCGGGUGACGAACCAGCAAGCACGUUAGAAUCGCGGCAGGCACAGGGAUACGACAACUGGAAGAAAUACCAAGAUGAAGCUGAGGCGAAGAAGAAGCGCCAGGAGAAACUGGACGCUAUUAAGCGGGCCCGUGAAAAAGCUCAGAAACUGGUGAAGCUCGAAGGCAAGGGGCUUGGCGAGCUCGAUUCCGAGGAGGCUGCUUUGGAUACCAAAACUUGGCUGAAGCAGCAGAAGAAGCGGCAGCGGAAGGUCGAGAAGGAGCGCGCAAAGAGGCUCGCAGAGGAACUUGCCGAGAGGGAGCGGAUUGCGGAAUAUACUGCUAAGGAUCUGGCGGGCGUGAGGGUUGGGCAUGAGCUAGGUGAUUUCGAAGCGGGAGGGGAGCAGAUUCUUACGCUUAAGGAUACCACGAUCGAUGAAAAUGAGGAGGAAGGCGAUGAGUUGGAGAAUAUCGAUUUACGAGACCGGGAGCGGCUCAACGAGAGAUUGGCUUUGAAGAAAAAGAAGCCGGUGUAUGAUCCUAAUGAUUUCGAUGGAUCUGGUUCCGGUUCUAUUCUGGAGCAAUAUGACGAGGAGAUCGACGGGAAGAAGAGGAAACGGUUUACAUUGGAUGCUAAAGUUAUAAAUGAGGAAGAGCGGAUGGCCAAGCGGCAGGAUGUGUCGUCGAAGUUAAAGGCGCAGCCUGUCAACCUCGAUAUCAUGCCCGAAACUACAGCGACGCCAUCAGACUACCAGGAAGCGACAGACAUUAAAAUCAAGAAACCGAAAAAGAAGAAGACGAAAUCUACGAGGCGAAAAGCGGUGGAUGAGGAUGAUAUCUUCCCAACUAUAGAAACUACAGAUAUUCCUAACGGUGGUACUGGUGUGCAAUCCAAUGGAGAUAAUAUGGAAGUGGAUUCAGUAGCUCCCAGUAAUGGACUUUCGACCCGCGCCCCGAGGCAAUCAGAUAGGGACGUAUCUUUCGUUGACGAUGAGGAUUUGCAAGCAUCGCUAGCGGCGCAGAGACGAACUGCAUUCAAGAAAAGGAAGAAGGUUCGCCCGGAGGAUAUCGCAAGACAAUUGCGAGAUGAGUCGGAACAAGCGCAGAAUGGGAUGGAUUUGGACAAUGCGAAUGGUGAGGAUGACGGUCCUGGUCUGGUUAUCGAUGAGACAUCUGAAUUUGUCGCAAACCUGCAGCGCCCCACACUCCCUGAUCGUCGCCAGCGCUCAGUCUCACGGCCGAAAGAAGCAUCUCCUGAAGUGAAAGAAGAAAGGCACGAAGAUGUGGAUAUGGAUAUGGAGCGGUCGUAUAAUGAUAUUGAAGAUGAAGAGGAUCUCCAAGAACGCUUGAAGAGAAGCGAUACCACGCCAGCUGCUGAUAUUACCGCUACUGGAUUAGAAGAGGAAUCGACACUUGACAAGGGUCUCGGUGCUACACUCGCCAUGCUUAAGCAACGUGGACUGGUAAAGGAAUCAAAUGCGGGCGAGCUGAACACCCUCCACCGUGAGCGCCAACGAUUCCUACAAGAGAAGCAACGGCGCGAAGCGGAAGCAGAGCGACGCGCUCGACUCCAGCGAGAACGCGACCGUGCCUCGGGCAAGCUGGACCGCAUGACCGCUCGGGACCGGGAGGAGUACGCACGGCAGGAAAACAAGCAGCGCGACCAGCUAGAGUCGCGCCAGAUGGCCGAGAUCUUCAACCGCGAGUAUAAGCCGGACGUACAGCUGAAGUAUGUGGAUGAUUUUGGUCGGUUGAUGGACCAGAAAGAGGCGUUUAAGCACCUUUCGCACCAGUUCCAUGGCAAGGGAAGCGGGAAGAUGAAGACGGAAAAGCACCUGAAGAAGAUUGAAGAGGAGAAGAAGCGGGAGGCGAUGAGUACGUUGGAUAGUAGCCAGCAUACGGGAAUGAAUAAUGCGAUGGGGGCAACAGCGAGGAGGAAUCGGCAGGCUGGGGUUCGGCUUGGGUGAGGGGUGUUCCGGUAGACCGAUCAUGCAUGUGUAUAUAGGUAUAUUAUUACCAUCGAGUCGUUAUUUAUUACGGCGUGAUUGUCUAAGAUUGCGUCUUUGCUUAAACAAGGAGGUUAGUUACAAUGAAAAACAUGAUGAAGCUGGAGAUUGGCAAUUCUGCUUGCCCGGCUAGAGUGAU